AUGAGUAAAUUGUUGAAAUUGGGUUUUCUUGGCGGAGGCAAAAUGGCACAAGCCAUGGCAAACGGAUUUAUUUCCGCUGGGCUCACACGAGGAGAUAGCAUGACGGCAAGCUUCCAUCCCUCAGACCAUGCCAACAUUGAUGCUUUCAAAGCAUUCGGUGCCAAGACGUACGUCGAAAACCUGCCGGUGGUGAGCGGUGCCGAGAUCAUCUUCAUUUCCGUCAAGCCCACAGUCGUCUCGAGCGUCCUGGAGGCCGUCCGACCCGCUAGUGCUGGUAAACUAUUCAUAUCGAUCGCGAUGGGCGUAACGUUGCGCGACCUAGAAAAUUCGCUAGAGUCUACGGCUCGCGUAAUACGAGUAAUGCCAAACACACCCGCGUUGGUCCGUGCCGGUGCCUCCGUGUACGUCCGUGGAUCUGCUGCCACCGAUGACGAUUGCAAGGUAACGCAGGCACUCUUUCAAGCCGUGGGCACAUGUGAGGAAGUCCCGGAAGCUAUGAUGGAUCCCAUCACGGCCCUGUCUGGCAGCGGACCGGCGUAUGUGUUCGUAAUGAUUGAGGCAUUGGCGGAUGGUGCGGUGCGGAUGGGAUUACCGCGGGAUCUGGCCUACCGAUUGGCAUCGCAGACGGUGCUCGGUUCCGGCAAGCUGGUGCGUGAAACUGGACGUCACCCGGGACAGCUGAAAGAUGACGUUACGAGCCCGGCCGGUUCGACGGCGGCUGGCCUCUCCCAUCUGGAGCAGAGCGCCUUCCGACACGCUGUCAGCGGUGCCGUAGAAUCGGCCACUGUUCGAUGCCGUGAAAUUUCCAGCAAGUGA